AUGUGCGUCCUCCUCGAUAACCCACAGGAACUGGCCCCCUGCUCCGAGAACUGGCGCAGCCUGAUGGCCGUGUGCUCGUCGAACACGUGCGCGGAGUUCGCCAGCUUUGCGGGGAGGGCGCCCCCGGUCAGCUCCUGCACGAACACGCCAGCGCCCCUCCCGGGCGGGACGGGCUCGGCCGGCUUCAGCUUCGGCAGUUGGGACACCAUGUCUAGGGGAACCGGCGCCGCCACCGCUACCGGCUCCGCGGGGAGGUCCAUCAUCACAGGAAACGCUACGAGUACCACCAACGCCACCAGCAACAGGACGGGCACCGGGGGUCAGGGCGGGCCCAAGGUUACCACUUCGCCCACCGGGGGUUCGAAUAGCGACUCCUCCUCCUCGGGUCAGAGUGGUGGGGUGAGGACGAUUAUCGGCACGAUCGGGAUGGGCUGGUUGUGGGAGAUGGUAUUCUUGUUUUGGGGGAUUGUUUGG